UUUCCCUUAGCUUUACUCAUCCUCAUCCAACUCCACACCGCCCAUCUUCUGCUGGAGAGGAUGGGUGUGGCUGCACAGUGUCAAAUUACACUCAAAUUAUAGACCUGCCUAACAGGCAUUCUCACUCUCACUCCCUCUGCACCUUCAUUGGUUGAGAACCAACUGCUUUUUUUAACCAGCCUGUUUCCUGUAGGCAACUUCUUUGUCAAAGAGGAAAUGACAUCAUAGCAUCAAAACACUGAAAACAGAUCAGGACCAAACUUCUUUUUGACUCACGGUUCAGUCUCUGUUACAGAAACCUGUGAGGCAAAACAAUCUGACCAUAAAACAGCUUUCGGAACAGAGCUGGGAACUAUGUCUGCUGGAGACAAAGAGACUCAGCGAGACACCACAGGUCAAAGUGGAACUGCUGUUUUUUUCUCCAACCCUCUGAUGAGUGAUUUUGAAUGCGACUGGUCCCCGAUUCACAAUGCUGCCUUUAAUGGACAUGUCCUUGCUCUGCAGAAACUCAUUGAUCAGGGUGCAUGUGUAAAUCUGAACACUCUGAACCAGGUCUCUCCUCUCCAUGGAGCAUGUUUACAAGGCCACAUGGCUUGUGCCAAGCUUCUGGUGGAAAAUGGGGCAAAUGUAAACAGUUCGACGGUGGAUGGACAAACGCCACUGUCAGAAGCUUGCUCCCGGGGCCAUGUGACCUGUGUGUCACUGCUCCUUCAAAAAGGAGCAACUCCCCUGGGGACCAGCCACACCAGCUCUCCAAUCCACAGGGCUGUAGCCAAAGGUCAUACAGAGUGCAUUGAGCCUCUUGUCCAGCACAGUGCAGAUGUGGAUCAGUAUAUUGACCAAUCAGGUUUCCCUCUCCACGUUGCCUGCUCUAAUCAGCAUCUGAGUUCUGUGUGGAAACUGCUUCAACUUGGUGCCAGUGUAAACAGCAUUGUGUCAGGUGACUCGCCGCUGCACAUUGCUGCCCGUCUGUCCAGUCCUGAGAUGGUGUCAGCCCUGCUUGAACACGGGGCCGAUCGCACACUCAGGAACUCAGAGGGCAAACAGCCAGUGGACCUCGCACCUUCCAACAGCCCGGUGGAGAGGAUGCUGAGACAAGCAGGAGGAGGGUCUCCUCUAAUUACAUCAGGAAAACUCUGGGCAAGCAGAGACUGGGUGGGAUUCCCAACCUUCACCUUCCCACAAAAGUGAAACAGUAUCUUCUCUAACAUUCAGACCCAGGGGGAGAUCUGAUGCACUAAAUAACAAUGUUUGAUUCUGAGCCCUAACUUUUAGGUCAGUAGGGGGUGCAGUUGCAUAAUCUUGCAGUCAGAAGACUACAUCCCAGCUCAUGGUCAUGGUAGCAAUUCACUUUAUUUCUCCUUUCUGUUACAGACCUCUGUAAACAAAAUUUCAAAAUUCUCAAGAUCAAUCCGGACUUUUAUGUGAAUUUGUCUUUUGUAAUUUUUUUUAAUCAUUAAGUAUUCAUAAAAACGAAAUAAAUACCCAUUUAAAAUGAUAAUAUGGACUCAUAAGGUCUAAGGAAUGUUGCAUAUCUAAUGUUAAAUAAGGUUUAACAAUAUUCUUUAGAGUACACAAGCCUCCACAUUCAGCUAAUACUGUAGU